CUGAAGCAGCGGCACGUUUAGAGAAGGCAAUUGAAAAGGAAUUGAUAAGUCGUUUAAAAAGUAAAGCUUAUGGUGAUACACCACUGAAUGUUAAUGAAGAAGUUUGGAGAUCUAUAUUGGAGGGUGACAAAUUGGAAGCUGAAGAUGAUAUAACCGACGAGAGUGAGGUGGAAGACUUGGAGGCACGCGAAUUUGUUGAAGAAGACAGUGAGAUUGAACUAGAAGAUUUAGAAGAAAUUAUCGAGGAGGAAGAAAAUAGAGGCAAUAAACAAGAGGAAAUUGAAUCAAGCGAUUAUGAUUCAAAAGAAUAUGAAGUCGAAGAUGAAAUCGAGGAACAUGCACUUAAAAGAAAAGACGCUGAGGCUGAGAAAUCGCGACCAAUAAAGAAAAAACGUACAUAUGUUGAAGUUGAAUAUGAGCAUGAAACAUCAUCAAAGAUACCUUCUCGAUAA